AUGCUUGCUAGUAAUUUUUCCCUUGUUGUUACAGCGCCAGUGGAAGGAUGCAAUCCUCCAAAUUCUCUUCAUACGAAUGUUCCUCCAGGUCCUAAUCCCGCCAACAACUACACCCGUGGAUGUUCCAAAAUUACACGCUGCCAACGAGAUAUAUGA